AAUUGUGACUCAGCCAGUAAAAGAGAAAGAAAAUAAUGAAUAAUAAUGAUGUUAUGGGAUGGAUUGCAUAGAAAGAGUAGAAAUGCAAAUCCGAAAUCCACAAAUGAUGCGUUGGUUGAAAAUUGAAAAUUGAAAAUCGAAAAUUGAAAUGGAGUGGGAGGCGACGGCGGCAUUCGAGUGGGUGGAGGUUGGGGAUGAUGAGGAGGAGGAGGGCUUUACCAUUACCAGUACCAACGUCAACGGCAGCAGCAGACCGAGAAGAAAAAGGAAAAGGAUGAUGCGAAUGCGAACAACGUUGUAUAAUAAUAAUAAUAAUAGUAAUAACAAGAAGAAGAAGAUAGAGCUUGUGGGAUGGGCUUCCAGACCCCUCCUCCACUUCCUCCACUCCAUCGGCAAAGACACCUCCCACAAAAUCCCUCACCACGACGUCACUUCCAUUGUCAAUGACUAUGUGGUGCGCAACAACCUUCUCCAUCCUACCAGAAAAAAGAGGGUUGUCUGCGACCAAGCCCUCCUCUCCCUCUUCGGCAGGAAAUCCAUUGCCCGCGUCAAGAUUUUCGACUUGCUCGACCCUCACCUGGCCGAGAACCGACUCUACGACUCCUCCUCCGAUGACGGCGACGAUUACGAAGAUGCUGCUUACUUCGAAUUAGAAGAAGAAGAAGACGAUGACGAAGAGGACGAAAAGCAGCAGAGUAAACCUCCGCCUCCGCCUCGUAAAUCCACCACAGUCGAAAGAAGCUGCUUUGCGGCUGUAAUUCCCGACAACAUACGGCUUGUGUAUUUGAGGAGAAGUCUUGUCGAACAUCUCCUCCUGAAGCAGAAGCAUAAUCAUCAGGAGGUGGAGGUGGAGGUGGAGAAGGAGGAACAAGUGGUGGACAAAAUAGUGGGAAGCUUCGUGAGGACCAAAUCGGACCCUAAUGACUACCUUCAGAAGCACUCUCAUAUCCUCCUUCAAGUUACAGGGCUGACCAUAAACAAGGCCUCUCAAACUGAUUGCAGCACUAGUCAAUUUCUCCUUCAAGUUUCCGGCAUGAUAAAACACAUCCACGUUUCCAUGCUUUCCGAUGAUAAUUUCACCGAGGAAGAGUGUGAGGAUUUGCGUCAAAGAAUAAAAAUUGGUUUGCUCAAGAAGCCUACUGUGGAUGAGCUUCAACAAAAGGCCCAGAUUUUGCAUGAGGAUAUAACAAAGCAUUGGCUUAUGAGAGAACUCGCCUUGCUGCAAAAUCUAAUUGACCGAGCUAAUGAAAAAGGAUGGCGCAGAGAGCUUUUUGAGUGCCUGGAAAGAAGGAAACAGCUUCAGACACCAGAUGAACAGUUACGGCUAUUGCGUGAGCUUCCAAAAGUAACCGCAGAUGAAUUACAACUUGAAGCUGAACCACAGUUUUGUGCAGGUGAAGUAAAAAAAAGUAACAACAGUUCAUCAAGAUCGAUAGUCAGGGAAGCUCCUGAACUUCCUACCUAUGAUACAAAAACAGAAGAAUGUGCGUCAAUUUGGACCUUAGGUGGGAUAGAUUUUGCAGGAUCUCAGCAUAAUGUUAAUGUGCAAGAAGAUUGGCAGAAGCAACCAACGGAGUUCAUAGACAAGAGUGAUGGUGAGACACAGCAUUUGGAGGUAAAGGAGAAUAAGGCUUCUCAACAAAUGGUGGACGAGAUGGUUACAAGAUCUCGGGUCAUUGAUUUGAGCGAUGAUGAUGAAAUUGAAAAUCCAAGUAGUAAAAAUCAGAUUCCUGAUGACCAAUUGGGAAGCUUGAUCUGGCAUUAUCAGGAUCCCUUGGGAAACGCACAAGGCCCUUUUGCAAUAACAUCCUUGAAACGCUGGAAUGAUGCUGACUACUUUCCCCCAGAUUUUAAAAUUUGGAAAACAGGUCAGAGCUCAAAUGAAGCUGUACUUUUGAAAGACAUUCUUAACCAGGCUUUCUUUGGUUAAUUGUACGAAACCCAGAUUUUCUUGCUGUUUCAAUAAUGUCUGUAAAUUCCUCUUAAUGUAUGCGCUCCAGAGCAUCUAUCAUGUGAUGAAAUUCAAAUUUUCUUGGCAAAUUAAAUUUCAUGAUUUCUAGUCAACUAAAAA